AUGGAGCAUUACUUAUCGAAAUUUAAAUCAGUUGACCAAUAUUGGGCACGAGAAAUAAUGAUUUUAAGAGAAGAGCAGAGACUUAAUGAAAGCUUAUUGAAAAAGUUACCUUCAGACACGAUCAGAACAGUGUAUGAUGGAACUAGAAGUACAAAGCCAUCCUUUUGUGUGUCAACAGAGCCCAAGUACAUGAAAUCGAUGAAGAAACUUAGGCUUUUUAGAGAAGAAAUUGAGUCUCUAGAUAUUGUUAGCUUAAGCGAACAAUCUUCUUGGAAAUUUUCUAAAUUCCUAAAAGAAUCGAAAUUCGGAUCUAUCAGUAAUUUGAAAAUUUGCUGCAAGGAGCUUGUGAAAGGACAAUCUUCCCUCCUUCUCUCACCAUCAAAAAUUCUCAAAAGAAUGGCUUCUUUAGUUACCUGCACUUUAACAUUAGAAGACAGUGAGCUAUCUGUCAAAGCAAUGGAAAAACUUAUGGCCUCAAUUUCAUCUGUGAAGCACUUGAACUUUGUGAACUGUAAAAUAGAUGUAAAUGGAGCCUUAAUGCCAGCCAGAGUCAAUCUAAACCUCAAAUCCAUAAUGUUCAUGGACUGUGAAGGCCCAGAGAGAUGCAACUGGGAUGCUUACCCUUACAAAUUCCAAGACUUCCUCAGCUUCAUCAGUAAAACUUCAAUCACCAAAAAGAUCUUCACCCUAAAAAUCUUCAGCAAGAUCAGUAACCUCCAAAUGAGAGACAUGCUACGUAAGACCAAUCUCAGUGGAAGGGUAAAGCUCGAAGGUUCUUACUUCUCCAAAGGCUCGUACCACAAAUACAAAUCCACUUAAUCAGUAAAUCUUCAAUAUUCCAUUCCCAUAAA